AUGGCGAGAGAAGCGACAAAGUUGUCCCGCUUGUUGCUGUACAAAGCCGACGCGAGUCCUCCGUCAUGCGCUGUGAGGAUGCUCGGUGAUAUCCUUGGACUGCACUUCGACUUUAAGGAGCCUAAACUUCUUGCGAUGGAACAUAAAACUUCAGAAUUUAAAAAGCUAAACCCUAUGGCUACUAUUCCUGUCUUGCAAGAUGGAGACUUUGUCGUUUCUGAGAGUCACGCCAUAAUGCAGUACUUAGUGGGCGAAUAUGGUGGCGAGAUGGGGAAAAGCCUGUACCCGAGGCAACCACGUGCCCGUGCGCUGGUCGACCAGUGCAUGUACUUCGACGCAGCCGUCAUGUUCCACAGCGUGAAGGCAGUUGCGUUACCAACACUUCUUCAUGGUAAAAAAGGUCCGACUUCAGAGGACACCGUUAACAUUGAUGAGUGCUACGCUGUGUUGGAGGCGUAUCUGGAACGCAAUAACUACGUAGCCACUGAUCAGCUGACCAUUGCAGAUCUGUCCCUAAGCACCACUACUGCUGCGACGCAGAUUAUGCAUAAAUUGGAUAACAACAGGUUUCCACGUACUACAGAUUGGCUUGCAAGAAUGUCGGAAGAAACCUCAUUCAAGAAGGUGGCGGUGCCGGGAUUAGCUUUGUUAAAGAAAAUGUUGCACGCCCGAUGGGAAAGAAAUUAA